AUGGAAAUCGCUUUCAAACGGCAAGGCUUGUCAUUGGAAGUGAUAAAUCCAGAUGAAAUCCCGGAAGAUGCAACGUUUAUAGACUUAUCAAAUAACAAUUUCUUAUCAAUUCCACCAGAAACUUUUAUAUCAAAAACAAAAGUUUUCAAAUUCAGUAUUGCAAAUAAUAUUCUCACUGAUUUAUCGUUUUUAAGAUGUUUUGAAGCACUUGUAUCACUUGAUAUAAGCUCAAAUCAAUUAGAAAUCGAUGAAUUACUUCAAAUUCGUCAUAUUUACAUUAUAUUCCUAAAUGCGCAAAAGAAUUCAUUCGUAGACAAACUAAAAGAUAAUCCGUUAACACUUAUUAUUAUAUUAAAACGUGCAUGGAUCAUCAAUGGUACAUUUGUGACAGAUUAUGCCCGACAAAUUGCAAAACAGUACAAGAAAACUCUUGAAUUUGGUGAGUCAAUUCUAAAUGCUCGGCGAGAAAAGCUUUCUGAGCAUAAUACAGCUUCGACCACUCAAGCAGCGAAGCAUUUCCUUAUUGGAACGUCAUUUAAGUUUCAAGAACCAGGUAAAUUCAUAACUCCUAGUGGAAGAUACGUCAAAGAUUUAGCAAAUCGUCCACAAAUAGAAAAAUUAAAAUAUUUACAUCAAAAUUAUCCAAUAGAUGUACCUACUGGAACCUUCUCUGACUACUUUGCGAUAAUUUUAGGCAUUCUAUCCUAUCAAUGGAUGAAUGUUCCAAUAAGUACAAUUCCAAGACUUUUAUCUCGAGGAUUUUGGGGUACAAUAUCAUCAGAAAUCUCUGAUUUAGAGGAAUGGAGAUUGUGGGUAUUAUUGUACCACCUUUCCCAGCAAAUGUGCAAUGGUCUUGCCAUUGAAAAUGAACUUUGGCAAGCAUUGAAGGUUAUUAACUAUAUUAAGACAGGAGUUCAGCCAACAAUCGGAUCAAUACCACGUCUUAUUGUCGCCGCAUUCCUAUUUAGAGCAAUGGAUCCGUCAGAACUCCAAGAUUGCAAAGAUAUAAUUAUUUAUCAAAAUUUAAGGCAAAAAUGUAAUUUUACUUCACUUGAUGAGAGUCUUGAGACCAUUCAUAAAGAAAUAUUAGGUAAUUUGCCAGUUCCUGACAAACAUCCCGAAAAAGGUGAAACAAUUGCAGUUAUUCAUCCACUAACGAAGAAAUGGAUUAACUGCAAAGCAUCUUAUAUAUCUAAUGGCCGCAUUUUCGCUCAACUUCCAACAAUUAUUUUACAUUUACCGCUAAAUUGCUUAUUUUGGGACGGAAGAGGAGUAUGGCGUCAAAUGGAUACCGUUGAUAAAGGAAUUCGACCAAAAACUCCUACAGCUCGUCCAAAAUCUGCAAUUGUUCCAAGAUUAUCGGAACAAGCGAGGAAUGCUUUCAUAACUGCGAGCAAAACCGACCAAAAUGCAAUUGCUAGUACAAUUGCCAAUGACUUCCAUGUCCCAAUUUCGCUUGUUGACACAAGCCGAACAAGAAUUGCUCCAUCUGACUCUUCCAAAGAGAUAAAAAAAGUUGUUUUGCCUGUAUUUCAAACAAUGGCAAGACCAGAACCAGUUAAAACUACAGCUCCUCAGCCAAAAACGAUGCCUCGAGAUUUUCGAGGAAUUGUUGAUCCUUAUUGUCCGAAAACACCAAUUGUUCAUCGAAAAACACCUUCAAGACCAACGAACCAAGUCAUCCAGAACGUUGUAAAUGUUUGCCUUGGCCAUGAAUUGAGAAAUGGAACGCAUUUGCGAAAAUUCCACGCGAAAGUCUACAACGAACUGACCAAAAAGGUUAAAUAUGUCUGGAUUAAUGAAGAUGAAAUUAGUCCGGCUGAUGUUGAUAAUCUUUGCGCAUUAUAUCGCUCUCACAUCCAGAAAAAGAUGGAUGUUAUCCAUGAUAUUUUUUAA